GAGCUUCACGGUGCAACGGACUCCAUACCCUAUGCGGCCAUGCCAGUCCCGAAGUUCUUCCGCAAUAGGCUGUUAAGCCGACUUCUUCAACUCAAUCGGAGAAAAUGAACUCUGAUUUAAUUUUUGGAGCUCUUCUGCUCGAUAAAACCCCAUUUAUGAAACACGUCAAGUUAUCGCUUCUCCUUGCAAAUCUCUGAAAAUCAUGCUUAUGCUUCAGACUCUGAAGAUGCCCUUUCGACGGGCAUCGAGGGCUUUCGGUUCAUCCAUUCUUUGGAACAGGCCUGUUUCUCACAGAUUUCAGUAUCGUGCUUAUGCAAAAGAGUCAAACUGUAAGGACGGCAGGCUUACAAGAAACAUUUUGGAAGAAGAAGAAUCAUCGAGUUCUCAAUCAUGUGGAAGCUAUAUCGUUGUAUGCCUGCAGCCCUCGUAGUGUUCAUCGGAGCUGGUGCUUUCAUCCACUAUAAUGAUGAGAAGCGUGCAAUACCUAAAGGAUCAGAACGAAGCACAGGCAUUGGAAAGGCUGAUACCAACAAGCCAGCAAUAGGUGGCCCAUUUAAGCUUUUUGACACUGAAAAUCAUUUGGUUACAGAGUCCAACCUUCGUGGAAAUUGGAUACUCUUGUACUUUGGGUACACUUCUUCCCCUGAUGUUGGGCCUGCAGAGGUUGAUAAAAUGGCCAAGGCCAUUGAUAUAUUAGAGUGUCAACAUAACCUAAAGGUUAAGCCUGUUUAUAUCACUAUCGAUCCUCAGCGUGAUUCUCCUGAACAGCUCCAGGCAUAUCUCAGUGAAAUCGAUCCAAGGAUAAAAGGUCUGACAGGACCGAUCUCAUCUGUGAGGCAGAUAGCUCAGGAGUACCGAGUUUUCUUUAAAAAAGUAGACGAGGAAGGCCAAGAUUACCUUGUUGAAUCUUCACAUAACAUGUACCUUCUGGACCCUAACAUGGACACAGUGAGAUGGUUUGGCGCAGAAUAUGAUGCCUCACAGUUGGCUGAUGGCAUAUUGGCUGAGGUGAUUUCAAGAAAAAGAAUGAAUUUAAUUUUGAAACCUCAAAGUUACAGCCGAUUUAUGAGAGAAGGUAUCACCUUAUACUCUGAAUACAUCUGCAAUUACAAUAAUUAAUUAGGUGAUUACCAUUCAUGCUUCUUUGGUUCAACAUGAUGCAGCCAUUUUAUUUUGAAUACAAUUUAACAAGAUGGCCUUCUCAUUUUUAUUAUUUAUCUUUUUCCCCUUCUUUUUAGAACCUUAGAAAGUAGUCCAACAGAAGUUCUCUGAACAGGCAUUGUAUUGCCAUAGGCAGCUCAAUUUCAUUUGAUGUUUAAUUUUCUUUAAAUAAAUAAAUAAAUAAAUUAUUAGUA